CACCGAAGAGCAAAGAGUGGCAAGCCAAGUUGGCUUGAAAGCGAGAGUUAUUACGUUUGAGCGGCUAAUUGCACAGUGAGCCAUCGGGACCGCUAAGCCAUCUGAAAAGUGUGUCAGUUUUAAGUGGAGAGUCGAUCCGUUAGCCAACAAGCCAAUGAGCAGUUGCCAAAAAGUUGCUUAUAUACACUUGUUUUUUGGCAUCGCGUGACGGCGCCGAAGAAGCCGGAAUAAUCGGCCAUGGCAAUGCGAGCACUCAUCUAUCUGGCCCUCGCUACUCUGGCGGCCGGCGAAGGUCUCCGUCUCCCGGACCAGCAGUCGUCCAACAACGUCCAGCAAGUGUACGCCCCGCAGCCGAUCCAGCAGCCCCAGCAGCCCCAGCAGGCCCAGCAGUUCCCACAGGCACAGCAGCCAGGAGUGGGCGAGGAGCGGGGACGCUCCUCCCUGCUCAGCAUCUUCGGCCUGGGCAACGACAACGAUCCCUUCCUGGCCAGGACGAACAGCAACUGCCUCGGCGGCGACCUCUCCGAGUGCUUCAAGACCCAGGCGCUCAACACCUUCGACGAGAUCUUCUUCAAGGACCAGUACAAGCUCUCCGACUUUGCCCGCGUGGUGCGACUUCCAGAAACCCAGCAGAGGUCCCUGCUGCAGGAGCCCUUCGAGUACUCCGAGGAGCCACGUGGCGACGAUGACGAGUGGAAUCAGCUGCUGAAAUAUGGACUUCGCAGGGCCGAACGCUUCAUCAAGUCCACGGCUCUGGAGGUCGAGUGGCCAGAGGAACUCACCGAAGCCGGUCGCUAUGAGGCCCGCUUCAUCGGAAACGACAUCGAUGGCGAACUAGACCUCAUCGAUGAUGGACAGCGGGCUGGCCAUUUCUCGCGCAAGAAGUUGAAGAAGAUGAUUAUUCCCCUUCUGCUGGUGCUGAAGAUUUUCAAGCUGAAGCUGCUGCUCUUCCUGCCUUUCAUCCUCGGCAUCGCCGGCCUCAAGAAGAUCCUGGGACUGGCCGCCAUCGUCCUGCCAGGUCUGUUCGCCUACUUCAAGCUGUGCCGUCCGCCAGGUGGCGCGGGAGGAGCUUUCGGCGGCGGACUGUCAGGCCUGUUUGGCAGCAAGAACACCUUCCCCGAGUACAACCCCCAGGGCGUGGGAGCUGCCACCUACUACCACCACCACGAGCACUUUGAGGGCGGCCACGGAGGCGCUCCGGGGCCCUACUACCGCCAGGAGCCGAGCUUCGCUAAGCCCUACACAGACUACUACAGCAAGAGCUACCAGGGUCAGCAGGUCCAGGGUCAGCAGGUUUCCGGCAACUCGGUCAGCUUCGGGGAUCCGCAGGAGGCGGCCUACAACGGCUACUAUGGGCGUAACUCCGGCAAGGACAUUGUCGCCGAGCAACAGCCUCAGAAGAGCUAAGUUCGAGGACUCCAACCACCUACGCGCUGUUAUUUAUUCGGCCUUCGGCCUUGCUGCAUUCCUAUAAGAGUAUUUAUUACGCUAAUUGUAAAUAAAACAAAGUUUGAAACAUCAAAA